UCCCCACUCUGGCCACGGCCAAUAUACACACUCCUAACCCGCCAGUGGAACUCCAUCUAAGGAACGACCACACUCCUAGUCUGCCUCCACAGACCAACGAGCACACAACCUAUCCGACAUGGCUGACCAACUAACAGAGGAGCAGAUUGCAGAGUUCAAGGAGGCUUUCUCCUUAUUUGACAAGGACGGUGACGGCACCAUCACCACCAAAGAGCUCGGCACCGUCAUGAGGUCGCUGGGCCAGAACCCCACAGAGGCCGAGCUCCAGGACAUGAUCAACGAGGUGGAUGCUGACGGUAAUGGAACCAUUGACUUCCCAGAGUUCCUGACCAUGAUGGCCAGAAAAAUGAAGGACACAGACAGCGAGGAGGAGAUCCGUGAGGCUUUCCGGGUAUUCGACAAGGACGGAAAUGGCUACAUCAGCGCUGCAGAGCUCCGUCACGUCAUGACGAACUUGGGAGAGAAGCUAACGGACGAGGAGGUGGACGAGAUGAUCAGAGAAGCAGACAUUGACGGAGACGGACAGGUCAACUACGAAGAGUUUGUACAGAUGAUGACUGCAAAGUGAGGCUUGCCCGCCCCGUCCUGUCCCCUCUUAGAAGAAAAAAAAAAAAAAAAAAAAAAAAAAAAAAAAAAAAAAAAAAUUUUACUUACCUCUUGGAAAAAAAAAAAUAAUGUUCAUUUAUUCAUACUGUUUCUGUAUAGAAAAUAAUUGAAUGUUGAAAUGAAAUAUCCUUCUGUCCACACAGGAAAAAUAUACAAAAAUUAUACAAAAAUAACUGCAUGAAAAUGAUGGUUAGUGAUCCUGUCCCCUCCCCCCGGAGAUCAGUUUAGCAUCCGUACUUAACAAGUAAAAAUAAUAAUAACAACACACCCUGUAACUACAACCUUCAGACUUAAGGCAAAAGCAUUUUGCGAACUCCUACCAGUUCCAUUUACUAGUGGUGAAUGUCUGGGCUGGCCAUCUCUUCUUUCUCUCUCUGUUUUCUGUUCUUCAUGCAUGCAGCUUGAGACCGGAGCACUAACCUCCCUGCCCCCCCCAUCCCUCCGGGCUACCAGAGCGUGCUGAUUCCACUAUAAGCUGUCCUCUUGUUGGUUUGGUACAGUUUUUUUGUAUUUGGAGAAGAGCCCUGUACUGUUAAGAUGAGAGAGUAUACCAGGUUCUAACUCAAGCGUUAAAGUGGAAUGGGACUUAAUUGUAUGCUAGAUUAAAAAGAGAGAAAAAAAAAAAAAAACGAUGUACAAAAAAAAAAUACAUUUUCAAAUGUUUGGCAUGUUCUUUUUGUUUUUUGUUAUGUUAUUUGGACGGCCAUCUUAGUAGUUGUGCGUCCUGCCCUUUUUAAAGGAGGGGGGGACUUAAAGAGUCUUACGGUGAGCUUUCUACUUUUCUUUUCUUUUUCAUUUUUUUUUUUCGCUAAGAUGGAGUGUCCGUCCUCUUUUCUUGCAAGAGAGAAUCACUGGCCUUCACUUUUUCUUCUUCUGUUUCUUGACUCAGACAAGUAAGGGGUGUACUGUGUUCGCAGCGCAUGCUGUUAGGAGUGUCCGCACACCAGUUCUUCGCAACUCUACAUCUGAGUUCAGUUUACAUUCAUUCCAAGUUGUACAUGCUAGUCUUUAUUUUAUUUUAUUUUUUUUUCAAAUAAAAGACCAUGAACUUUA